AUAUUACAUACAGGGCCAUCUGAUGAAAAAUAGUUGAUCUUUCUAGUUGUGAUGUUUAAAUUCAUCUCAAAGAUGGCUUUACCAAUGUCUUCUCGGAAUUGCUGUCCCCUUAAACCGUGAAAUACGAAUAUUUAAAACAAUGAGAAUUGUAUUAUUACUUGUAUUAAUAAACUUAAGACUACUCGUCUCAGCAACAGAUGAUGGAUCUAAGAAAAAAUUGCAAAUUGGCAUUAAAAAACGUAUCGACAAUUGCAAUGUGAGGUCAAAAAAGGGUGAUGCACUGUAUGUGCACUAUGUGGGUACAUUGGAGAAUGGAACAGAAAUUGAUAAUAGUUCCAAAUAUGAAGAACCUUUUUUGAUAACUUUGGGUUAUGGACAGGUAAUCAAAGGAUUGGAACAAGGCCUCAUGGGAAUGUGUGCUGGUGAAAAAAGAAGACUUGUAAUUCCUCCUGAUUUGGCAUAUGGAUCUCAUGGAGCAUUGCCAACAGUUCCUCCUGAUGCUACUGUUAUUUUUGUAAUUGAACUCAUAAAGUUAGUCCAGAAGGAAGUACUUUCACAGUCAGAAGAAUUUGUUAUGAGGGAUGAUUUGUAGCAUUCUUUGUGAACAAAGGUCUCAGAGAAAUGGACUGAUGAACAUUGAAGAGAAAACUAUAUUUUGUUUAAAAACCUAUUGGAUAGUCAAGAAAAUAUUUACAAUGUAUAUUAUUCUAAUUAAGGUUUAUUAUAUGGUAC